ACCCCGCCCCCGUCUCAGAAGAAGCUGUGCAUUUCCUACUUUUAUGCUGUCUAUAUGCUUGAUUUGCGCAGCUCAGCUGGUCAGAGGAGCUGAGACAUCCGUCCCCGUACAAGAAUCUCUCCCGGGUGGAGCAAAAUGGAUUAUCAGACAUCAAGUCCCUUCUAUGACAUUGAUUAUGGGAUGUCAGAGCCCUGCCAAAAAAUUGACGUGAGAGAAAUUGCAGCCCAGCUCCUGCCCCCACUCUACUCGCUGGUGUUCAUCUUUGGUUUUGUGGGCAACUUGCUGGUCGUCCUCAUCCUGAUAAACUGCAAAAAGCUGAAGAGCAUGACUGACAUCUACCUGCUCAACCUGGCCGUCUCUGACCUGAUUUUCCUCCUCACCAUCCCAUUCUGGGCUCACUAUGCUGCUGACCAGUGGGUCUUUGGGAAUGCGAUGUGUAAAUUUUUCACAGGGCUGUAUCACAUUGGUUAUUUUGGUGGAAUCUUCUUCAUCAUCCUCUUGACAAUUGAUAGGUACUUGGCUAUCGUCCAUGCUGUGUUUGCUUUAAAAGCCAGGACGGUCACCUUUGGGGUGGUGACAAGUGGGGUCACCUGGGUGGUGGCUGUGUUUGCCUCUCUACCGGGAAUCAUCUUCACCAAAUCCCAAAAAGAGGGCUAUCGCUAUACAUGCAGCCCCCAUUUUCCAUCCAGUCAGUAUCAUUUCUGGAAGAAUUUCCAAACAUUAAAGAUGGUCAUCUUGGGCCUGGUCCUGCCACUGCUUGUCAUGGUCAUCUGCUACUCAGGAAUCCUUAAAACCCUGCUUCGGUGUCGCAACGAGAAGAAGAGGCACAAGGCCAUGAGGCUCAUCUUUGCCAUCAUGAUCAUCUACUUUCUCUUUUGGGCUCCCUACAACAUCGUCCUCCUCCUGAGCACCUUUCAGGAAUCCUUUGGCCUGAAUAACUGCAGUGGCUCUAAUAGACUGGACCAAGCUGUGCAGGUGACAGAGACCCUGGGGAUGACGCACUGCUGCAUCAACCCCAUCAUCUAUGCCUUCGUCGGGGAGAAGUUCAGGAAGUACCUGUUAGGGUUCUUCCGAAAGCACAUCGCCAGACGCUUCUGCAAAAGCUGUCCCAUCUUCCAGGGAGAGGCUCCAGAGCGACCGAGCUCCGUUUAUACACGAUCCACUGGGGAGCAGGAAAUCUCUGUUGGCUUGUGACCUGACUUGGUUUUCAUGUGCAGACUAAGGGCGGGAGCAGUUCUUCUAAAGAGGAACUCACUGUCACAGAGGGCCUGAGUUUCAUCCAUCAAUUUGGCAUCUGCUCUAAGAGUAUUAGGUAUUUUAAGCCCACCAAUUCUAGAAAGCCAAAUCAGAACAUGUUGAUGAGAUGACAACCUUCUCACCUCCCCUCCACAUACAUAGGCUUAUUGGCAAACUCUCCCUUCACUGCAAAAGUCCAAUUAAAAAUAAAUCUUCAGGGACUUGUUAAUUCCUGAA